UUCUGAAAACUUGUCUAAACUCAAACUUAGACCAGGUACGUUGGCUCAAUUCUCCGCGUUCACGUCGCUGAGCUCGUGCAGAAACUUUAAAAAUGUCUGACAGCUCCUCCGAUCCGGGUUCAAUUGCAAACCCGGUCAAAUUUAAAAAUCAAGACUAUGCGUCGUUGCUGGACGAGUGUCUCAAGUCCCGCUGCCUUUUCUUGGACCCGACUUUUGCAGCUGAUCAAACUUCCAUCCGCAUGCCAGCAGAUCCUGAUCCAAAAAUGGCAAUCAAGUGGUUGCGACCAAAGGAAAUCAGCAAGAAUGCUGUCUUUGUGGAGGGUACCACGGGCACCACUGAUAUCUGCCAGGGUCAGCUGGGGAAUUGCUGGCUACUCGCUGCCCUGUCUUGUCUCACCAUGCACCCGACCCUGUUUGAGAAGGUGGUCCCAGCGGGACAGACCCUGGACGUCUCUUACGUGGGCAUCUUCCGCUUCAGGUUCUGGCAGUAUGGGGAGUGGGUGGAGGUGGUGGUCGAUGACAGGCUACCCGUGCGAGGGGGCCGUCUGCUCUUCAGCUACUCCCGCACCAACAACGAGUUCUGGAGCGCCCUGGUGGAGAAGGCUUACGCCAAGUUGAUUGGCUCCUAUGGCAGUUUGAAGGGGGGUAACAUUUCUGAAGGCAUGGAGGACUUCACAGGGGGCAUCGCCUACACCCGUCCUGUCUCCUCCCGCACACCACCCGUGCUGUGGAGAACACUCACUGCAGCCUUGUCCAGAGGUAGCUUGCUGAGCUGCUUUAUACAGGCCAAAACCGUGAAAGAGAUUGGCACAGUGACAACAGAGGGGCUAGUCAAAGGUCACGCCUAUGCUAUCACUGCUACAGAUAAGGUCCACAGGAAAACUGAGGAGGUGUUAUUGGUGAGACUGCGUAACCCUUGGGGGUUUGUGGAGUUCUGUGGCCCCUGGAGCGACAAGUGUAAAGACUGGGAUGGCAUAGACAGUGCUGAGAAAACCAGAAUCCACUUGAACAUUGAAGAGGAUGGAGAAUUUUGGAUUGGGAUGGAGGACUUUUGCAGACUGUUUGAUACGGUGGAGUUGUGUAGUGUCAGUCCUGACUCUGAUGAUGCAGAGGACAGCGAUGCUGUCACCACCACCUCCUCCUGGGCCCUGACCUCCCACAAGGGCUCCUGGGUUCCCAUGUGCUCUGCAGGGGGCAGCCGCAAGUACCAGCGAACAUUCUGGAAGAACCCGCAGUUCCACCUGGUGCUGUCCCAGCAGGACGUGGAGGACGUGGAGGUCGACGAGGAUGACGUGGAUGUUGGCGACGACGACGAUGACGAUGCUGUCCCUGCGAAAAGCAGCACAGGGAAGCAGAAGGAGAAGAUGAAGAAGUGCACGGUGCUCAUCGAGCUGCUGCAGAAAGACCGAAGGCAGCGAGACAAGAUCAACUUCCUCUACAUCGCCUUCCACAUCUACAGAGUUCCUCCUAAGCUUCAGGACUUUACAGGUUCUUUUGACCAGCAGUUCUUCACCACUAAGACGCUGGUGAGCCGCUCCGGACAGUACCGGAAUGUGCGGGCCGUGUGGCGGAAGGUGCACCUGGACCCGGGCCACUACGUCAUCGUGUCUUCCACGCAGAGGCCCAACCAGCAGGGGGAGUUCUUCCUCCGCGUCUAUGCCAAGGAAGGCCACACGCUUGGCGUCCGUGAGAUCAGCUGUCCCGCUGCCAUCACCACGACCGUAAUGUCCAAGCCUCCCCUGCCAGAGGAUCAGGACAGAGUGCAGAAGUUUUUUGACGAGGGAGCAGGACCGGAUGACAGGCUGAAUGCGGUGGACUUCAUGAAGCUGGCAAACACAGUGCUGGAAAAGGACUAUAAUCUCCCUCUGGAAACUUGCAGGCAACUUAUUUUUGGGGAAGAUACUGGCGGUCGAGGCAGAGUUAGCCGGGAUCAAGCAAAGAAGCUGCUCUCCUCUCUGCGCACCCUGCAGUCAAUCUUUCUUGAGUAUGAUGAGGAUUCAUCAGGGACCAUGAAUCCAUUUGAGCUCAGUCAGGCUCUUAAGGCAGCAGGUGUGGAGUGCGAUAAUAGCAUACUGCAGGUGCUGUGGGAGAGGUUUGGCUCUGGAGAGCAGCAUCUGGCUUUCUACAGCUUCGUGGCAUGUGUCACAAGACUGCGCUCGCUCUUCACGCUGUAUGAGUCAGAGAGCAGCUCGGAGGUGAAGACCAGAGGCAUCAAUGCGUGGAUGCUCAAGCUGCUGGCCGUGUGAGCGCGCUCGGAUGCGACACCUCAGCAGGACGGACCUGCCUGGCCGGGACUGCUCCAACGUCAUCCACCUGGGCUUGCGUAUAAUGUGCUCGCGUUCUCUCUCCAUACGCCAUCUUCCUCUGGACCCAUGUCAUGUACCAGUCACCUCCACCCACGCCUUCCUCCACCACACUGGCAAUAUGGGUCAUUUCUGGUCAUCUCCAGACAAAUGCCAUGUACAUGCUGUCACUUUCCUCAUCAGUAUUUUUAAAAUAGCAAAGUAGAGAGGCAUUUAUCCCUACUCAAGAUAAUUGUGAUUCAGUAUCCAUACAGGUUUUUACAUCCAUACAAGUUUUUUGAUACAUCCAUUUUUAUCCAUACAAGCCAUCAUAUUUUUUCAUAUUUUUUAGCUAUAGGUUUAUAAUCUAUUUUAAACAUAUAUUGUUGUUGUUGGUGAUGGUGGGUUUUGGUUUUUUUGGGUUUUUUUUUUUAGCAAACAGUAUUAUGCCAUUUCAGGAAUAUGCUACUCUUAAAACUGCUCAGUUUGUGGUUCAGUACUUUUUAUCCAUACAAGUCUGUGUUUAUAUCUUUUCAUAUUUUUAGCUAGAGUUUUAAGCAUUCCUUUUGAUGCUGCUUUUUUUUGUUUGUUUGUUUAUUUGGGUUUUGUUUUUGUUUUUUUUUAUCAAACAGUAUUAUGUCAUUUCAAGAAUAUGCUCCUCUUAAGGCUAGGGAGAGUGUUGGUGCUGGAAUGUUGACAAUCACUCUAAGGCCUAAAGCUAACCAAAAAUGGAAUGUAGUUGGAAACCAUAACAAAAAAUCCAAAUAAGAGCUGUUUGGAAUGAGAUGCCCUGCAGACGCUGUAUUGUGUGGCCUUUACUUUCUCUUCUCAGGUGCAUGUGUCUAUUUCUGAACAAAUAGCCAAAUAUAAACGCAAAUCAUUA